AUGGCCAGCACCAUCAUAUCAAGGAUCCCCAGGGGCAACAGCAAGUUUGCCCGCAAAGUCCCAUCCCGAUUCCCCCACCCCACCACCAAAUUCAUCCAGCCCAAAGACAGAAUCAAGAAAUGGAACAUCCGGCCAGGAGACAGGGUGAGGAUGACGACGGGAAAGGCGAAGGAUGUGUUUAGGAACGGAGAGAAUUCGAGUGAGGGGUGGAAAGUGUAUACAGUCAAGACGGUGGACUUGGCGAGGAACAGGGUUUUCUUGGAGGGUAUUACCAACAAAAAAGCCCAACCCGUACCACCCCUCCCCGACAACUAUGAUACCCUCGAAGGGCAGGAAAAGACAAACGUCGACAACGCCCCCAACUUUAUCGACAUUAUGCGGCCGGUCCACUAUUCGAACGUGCAGCUGUGUGUAGAUGAGUCUGGUGAGGUCGACCAGCACGUUUUUGCUUCCCGUCUCAAGUCGCAAGAGACACAUUUCAACAAGUACACCCAGCGUCUCGAAUGGCGCCGUGUCGCUCCCAAGCUCACUGGUACCGUCGCCGCAGAGACCCAUCUCGAAGAGACAGACAUGCCCUGGCCAAAGCCUGAAAAGAUCUAUGAAUUCCCCGAUCCCGACCGUAAUGACACGCACAACGACGAAGUCCGAAAACGUACCCUCCACCUCAUCGACGUCCCCCUCAUCGCCUCCACCUCGGGCUACGACGCCCUCUUCCCCACGCACCUCCUCGCCCCGCCCCUGCAGAACCAAGCCGUCUCCGACGGCUACCUCACCUCCGUGCGCGACCCGGAGCAUUUUGAUGAUGCGACAAGGCGGAUUGCGGACACGCUUAUGCCGCUGCAUUUGAGCGAGGAGCUGAGUCCGCGGUGGGCGAGGGGACGGCAGAGGAAGGCGUGGGGGGUGAGGAGGGAGAGGGAGGAGGAGGAGAGGAGGGUGGUGGGGAAGGAUGCUGUGAGGGAGUGGGAAGCUGGGGGGAAGGAUAGGGGUUUGAAGGAUAUCCUCGACCUUGAGCAGAUCUCCCUCGAAGGUGUAAACCUCCGUCCCCGAACCCGCGCCGAAGUAAGAGACGCAGCGCAAACGUCGUAUAUGGUCGAAAACGCGGAAAAACAGGCGGAGGUGUAUCAGAAUAGGAGGGCGGGGAUGACGUUUGAUUUGGGGAGCGGGGAGUGGGUGGAGGGGGAGAAGGCGGUGGAGAUUGAGAGGAAGAGGAGGAGGAGGGAGAGGAAGGAGAGGAGGAAGGCGGAGAAGAUGGUUUAUCUGAGGUUGGAGCAGGGGGAGAAUAUGGUGGUGCCGGAGGCGGUGAGGGCGUAG